GGGUUGGGGGGCGCGCGCCGCUGCGGCACGGCAGGUCCCCGCAGCUGCUUCUCGCGGCGCGGUGUGCGCGCGCCUCCCGGGCGGCUUCGGGCUCUGAGCGCGAGAGCGCGGCCGGGAGCGACAGAUUUGAAAAGUGUCAAAAUAGAAAAUUGGGGAGGAAAUCUCUUGAGAGCCUUGUGCAGAUUUUGUCUGACGAAGACUUCUUUUCCCAGGCACACUAGCUAGAGGAUUCUUUUCUGGCCAAGCAGACCGCUCAGGAUACAGAAUCCAAGGAUGAAUGUUCACCGUGGCAGCGAGAGCGACAGGGUAUUGCGGCAGGAGGCUGGCUGCCUGACAGAGGAAAGCCCAGCGGCAGCACAAGAGAAAGAAACAAAUAGCCUGGCAUCUUCUGGUCUUCAGAACCUUCCUUAUCCUCUAGGCCCCAGGAGUGAUGACCUUUCACUUGACUAUGCCUCUCAGCCAGCAAAUCUUCAGUUCCCUCACAUAAUGCCACUUCCCGAAGACAUCAAAGGCACCUGCUUCCAAAAUGGAAAUAAACGGAACCAUGAACCCUUUAUGGCUCCAGAACGAUUUGGAAACGGCACUGUGGGCUUUGGCAGUAACGUUCAUUCCCUGGCGCCAGAGAAAGUGACACUUCUUGUAGAUGGCACACGUUUUGUUGUGAAUCCACAAAUUUUCACUGCUCAUCCGGAUACCAUGUUGGGAAGAAUGUUUGGACCAGGAAGAGAGUACAACUUCACCCGGCCCAAUGAGAAGGGAGAGUAUGAGAUUGCUGAAGGAAUCAGUGCAACUGUGUUUCGAACGGUGCUGGAUUAUUACAAAACUGGUAUCAUUAAUUGUCCGGAUGGCAUCUCUAUUCCAGACCUUAGAGAUACAUGUGAUUAUCUCUGCAUUAACUUUGACUUCAACACUAUCCGAUGUCAAGAUCUGAGCGCUUUACUGCAUGAGCUGUCUAAUGACGGUGCCCACAAGCAGUUUGACCACUACCUCGAAGAGCUGAUCUUGCCCAUCAUGGUGGGCUGUGCCAAGAAAGGGGAGCGAGAGUGCCACAUCGUCGUGCUGACGGAUGAGGAUUCUGUGGACUGGGAUGAAGACCACCCCCCUCCCAUGGGGGAGGAAUAUUCCCAAAUUCUUUAUAGCUCCAAGCUCUAUAGAUUCUUCAAAUAUAUUGAGAAUCGUGACGUUGCUAAAACAGUGUUAAAGGAGCGGGGCCUGAAAAACAUUCGCAUUGGAAUUGAAGGUUAUCCCACAUGUAAAGAAAAAAUUAAGAGAAGACCUGGUGGCCGGUCUGAAGUAAUCUAUAAUUAUGUGCAGCGCCCCUUUAUCCAGAUGUCAUGGGAAAAGGAAGAAGGGAAGAGUCGCCAUGUGGAUUUCCAGUGUGUCCGAAGCAAAUCCCUCACUAAUCUCGUAGCUGCUGGAGAAGAUGUCUUAGAGGACCAGGAGAUAUUAAUGCACCACCCCCCCCAAGUGGAUGAACUUGACCGGCUGAAUGCCCCACUUUCUCAGAUGGCUUCUAAUGACUUUCAGGAUUAGGGCCAGCUGUGGACCUACCCUCUUCAGAGCUCCUCUCUGUCCAGGACACCCACAGCCAGUCCUCCCUGUGGUCUGUCUCACCCUGCGUAGGAGACCUGCUUCUCCAACCCUUCCCUUUCUCCCACAGAUAACGUGUGUCCUUUCCAUUACUGAGAAGUCUGUGCCUCCGGCAGGGGAUGAAAAGCACUCACUGGUAAAUAAGCUACCAGCUUCGCAGCAGCCCUGGUAACUUGAAAUUUUUGGGUCUGGUGCUGUUUAUGAGUCUUUGCAUAACUGCAAAAAGCAGGAAAGGAAGUCAAGACUCCUGUUGCCUCAUAUUCAUCAAAGCAGUCCUCAUCCUUUAUACUUUGUUCUUGGCUUUUGUUUUGUUUGUUUUAUAUGAAUGAAUUACUGAGCAGCAAAAGGACCAAACUCUAAAAAGGGACAGUGUCUAGCUUCCACAACCAGACUAAUGGGAUUCUCAUUAGGGAUUUAAUGGAGAUGCCAUUCUUGGUGGCCUCUGUGCCCAGAUUGUAUCUGGAAGACCUAGGCUCUCAUCAGAAUGUCCAAAAGGAAAUUUUUAAGAGUUUAAGUUCAGUUUUGUUUUUCAUUAAUACAAUGAAUAAUUCAAAACCACAGGCACUCCAGUAAUAGCAUGACAAUGUUUAUGAAACCUUUUUAGGUUCAGGGGUUUUGAGCCUACACAAAUCAGUUAUUUGGAAUGAAAUGCACAACUCAAGUAGGAGAACCUCUCCAGAGCAAGCCACUUUGAUUAUCCUGGCUCGUGAAGCCGUAGGCCUUCAUCCUGGGGCAGCACCCUGCUGUGGGUGUGACUGGGAAACUGUAAAGGCUUUCAGGAGAGAAACAGAUUUCUCACAAGUGCUUGUUUCUCAGUGGAAAGACAUAAAAGCCCAGAGAACGGGGCACUUGGGGUGAAGUUGUGUGGGGAAACAUCACCUCAGAAUCUUUGUCCCAAUGCAGGAUUUUUCUUUGUAUAUUCUUUUCAUACUAUGAAUUUUUUUUUUUGAUAUCAGGAUACUUGUUUUUGAAGUAACCAAUUACACUGCUCACGCUGCGUAAAGAAACCAUGCUGCUGUCAUCCCCAAAGAAAGGAUGAGUUGAAAUGAUACUGCGCCUAGUAAUUUUGUUUGGAUCUGCUGGUUCUGUGUUGAUGCGUGGUGUGGGACAACCAAGAUCACUCCCCCCAAGUACUGAACCAUUUUCCCCUCAUGUCCCCAUGGCUAUUAGCAGAGCUAAACUUCAGGCCUAGAGCCAGAUGUUAAGCGUCUGGGGAUAGUUUCCCAUUUUGUGGUAAAGGUUGGUUUUCUUAUCACCUACCCAGAACCUUUACUCAUCACAAAUUUCAAAGAGGUACAUAGUUUCCUUCAAGCUCUUUAAGAUAACGUGACUAGUUUUCUUAAAUUCCAUUCCCAUAGGAUCCCAUUUUAUGACUGCCCUAGUCCUAGUCCUCCAAAAGUAAAGUCAGAUGGAUGUCAAAAGCUGCUCUCUCCAGGCUUUAAGAACAAAAAUUUCUUAAGAAGUGUGUUCUCUGUGCAUGUGACCAGCAGCACAGUGGAAAUAAAUUCUCUGUUCACACCUCAGGUGGGAAAAAGUAGUAGUAAGGGGUUGAACUGAGCCAUCUCCCACCUACAGAGUUCUGACUACCACUGGCAUCCAAUUUGUAAGGCUGAUGUCAAGGGUUAAAGUUUAAGGUUAGUGUUUUUUGUAGCCAGAGGGUACUUUUAGGUCUGUGAAACUCAUGGACUCAUUUGUCAGGUUUGGCUUUGACCUUACCAGUACUACAUUCAUACCCACUAAUUGACCAGCCUGGAUAAUUGUUUAAUGGUGCUUCCUUUAUGCUGAUCAGCUGACUUUCAUGCCAUCACAGAGGAGGUUUGAAUUAACUGUGUAGUCUGAUAAGUAUAACCUGUGUUAUACAGCUUAAUGAAUUCACAUUUAAGUGUGAACAUGCCGGAGCAAAUACUCUAAAACUCUGUAGUUCCUGCCCAGGUAAACGGCCAGGUAGGAAAGUGUGGCAUGUGCUUAACACUUGGUUCUGUGUGAGUGAGGAAUUUCCUCAGGCUUUCCAGAAGUAGGUUUUUCUCCCCCAGAUUAGGUUAAUGUGCUUUUGGCUCCAACCUAUGGGGUGAACCAAAAGCAUAUGAGAUUUGUAAACCUGUAUAGUUGAAUCUGCCAGUGUCCUUAGAUGCCGUGGUGACAAAGGGAAAAGCGGGGCUUACAGAUCCCUUUGUGUGGAGGAGGAGGUUUUGUCUGCACCCCACCCUCCCAGCCUGGAGCUCAGCAUCACUGUAAUUUGGUGGCUCCCCAUAGCCAUAGCUGCUUGUUCCUGGGGCCAGGACAUUCCACAGUGGCAGGACCAUGCCGUCCCUGCAGGGACAGUGGCUGGGUUGCCGUCGUCAUUCCCUUCAGGGUCCAUUACUGGCCAGCUGGGUAAGAGGUAUUUCUGAUAGAGGUGGAACUCAGGUUUGGUGUUUGUUUUUUUCUAAGUGCCUAAAUAAGUAAGCCAGGCUGCUUCUACAGAACCACCUUCAUAAGAUGGUCUUGCUCAGACUUCCUCAGAGGUAUCUCAGCAAGCCAAGCUAACCCUGAAUUUGAGGAUUAGAAUCUGAAUCGUUAAUGCAUCAUGAUCCUGUGUCAUUGACUAGGAAACCUUUGGCCUUGAGCUGGAGAGUUGGGCAAAGAAUGUUAAAAUGUGUCUGGUGAGAUUAAUGGUUUCUCCAACGUGGAGGAAAAGUAUUGAAAAAAAAAAAAAAGACAGCAAGAGUGGUAAGGGAGCUAGAAACUAGCUAGAUUUACUGCACAAUUUGUAACAGCCAAUAUUAUUUUAAGUUAAAUUCCAAGAGACCAGUACGAUAUCUAAUAUCUACAAGUCUAUGAAAAUCCUGUGGAAUAAGCCCAGGAAGGGUGAAUGUAUUUGCAGAAAACAAUCAGAGCACAGGCUUUUUAAUUCAAACUGUCAAAGUGUGAUAUGGAAUCUUUUUUAUCAAGUCAAUAGAAAGUUAAGAAUCAAGGGAUUUUAGUAAUAUUUAUUCAGUGCCACUUCUUGCCAUUAUUUUGAGAUUGUUCAAAUGGGCAUAAGUUCAGAAAGGGAAUCUGAUGCCUUCACUGGUAGAGAAGGAGCCACAUUCGUGCUCUGGGUGGGAUCACCUCUGCAGAAGAACAGUACUUUUUCUCUUAAAGGCAAAUGCUUAUAGGUUUUACCUCUUUACUUUGUAUUUACUCUAAAAGUUGCACUUGUUCACCGACCAGUGUUUACGAAAUCCUGUAUUUGGGAUGCUUUUUCUAUAAUAAAAUAUUAUCAUUUGUG